UUCCCACUGUCCUGGUCGCUAGAACGUGGCAUCUAACGGUACUCUCUCUCUCUCUCUCUCUCGCGCUCCGGCGGUUGAUUGGACGAUUGCGUGCUCUGGCUGCUGAAAAGAAACAGCCAAGCUCACUGCAGACGGAAGGAAGCAGCCAAAUCUUGAGUCGACUCAAAAGUCAGCGGCCAUGGUUUCAAGAGACCUUGGGCUCAGACAAGUAGGCAUAGAUAAUAGCUGGGUGACAUGUUAGCGAAAGCCGCUUUCAUAUGAGGCGAGAUUCUUGAUUUGCCCCUGAUUCGCCAGCCAGCCCCAACACACCGCCACUAGUAGCAGCCGCCACCAGCAGCCGCCGUCACAACUAGCGGCCGACAACACUAGCGGCCGACAAAACUAGCGGCCGUCACCACUAGCGACCGUCACCGUUAGCGGCCGUCACCACUAGCUUCCGUCAGCAGCAGGCAGCAAGCAUGAGUGCAGCGGGUGGGCCGUUUGCCAAGGAAAUGGCCGUGCGGAAACGAAUCCAGGCCAUCUACAACAAGCUACAGGACGACUUCCCUUCUCUCCGAGAGUACAACGACUAUUUGGAGCAAGUGGAGGACAUUGUAUUCCGGUUGGUGGAGGGGAUAGACGUGGCAGCAACAGAAGCUGAAGUGAGGACGUAUGAGGCGAGCAACCGAGACGGCAUCGCUGCGGCGAGGGCCAAGCGGCUGUUUGCUGAAGGGAAGAUGCCCAAGAGUUUUAAGUCGCAGCCGAUGACUUACGCAGAGCGCAGAGCAGCGGAGCUGAGAGCAGCAGCCCUGCCGCCGAAACCGGGGGAAUCAUCGGUGUACCAGCUGAUAGAGCAGCAGGCCAGGGACCAGCUGGAAAUGGCAACGGAUUUCGCCUCAGCAGCAGCAGCAGGAGCAGGGGAGUUAGGGGGGGCGUUCGCCCCUCGCCCCAUGGGGCUGCAGCCUGUGCCAGUGCACCACACGGACGGCACUGCGGCAAGCCUGACCCCAGAGCAGAGGGAGGCUCGGAUACUCAAGGGGCAGAAGGCCGGGGGAUGGACGGUCGAGAUUUCGCACAGGAGAGCAGUGGAAGAGGCGUUUGGGAGCCUAUGGGUGAGCUGAGGAUAGAGUGUGAGGGCAGGAGGGCCAGCAGGGGCGUUAGGGCCAGCAGGGGUGUUAGGGGCAGCGGGGGCGUUAGGCAGGGGUGUUCCUUCCUCACUCAUGGGAAAGCCCUUAGGUGAGCCCAUGGGGCUGCAGCCCAUGCCGGUGCACCACACUGACGGCACUGCGGCGAGUUUGACCCCAGAGCAGAGGGAGGCGCAAAUAUUCAAGGGGCACAAGGCCGGGGAAUGGACGGUGGAGAUCGCACACAGAAGGGCGGUGGAGGAGGUGUUGGGGAGUCUGUGGGCGAGCUGAGAAAGGUGUUGAGGUGAACUGGGGAAGAGGAAGGGGAUCGUAGAGUGAGAAUGUUCACGAGGGCAGAUGGCUGGGAGAUGGGGUGGAGGUUGUGCACAGGAGAGCACUGGAUGAGGCGUUGGAUGCGGGGAGGGGGGAGGGGACACAGGAGGGCAGGAGAUGAGGCAGUUGGGCGAGCUGAGGGCGGAGUUUUGGGAUGGAUGGAUGGAUCUGGGAGAUUCCAUUGGGAUGAGCUGAGGAUGAGCUGGGGAGUACAGUGUGGUGUGGUGAGAAUACAUGUGGUGACUCCCAUAUUACCACAAAGUCACUGCAAAUUUUGCACCGCUGACUUUUUCGGAACCCUAUACUAUCGUUCUUGAACACUCAAACCCUCUGUGAAUGGGUAGAACACACUGAAGUGUUCAUCAAGAGGUUACAGCAUUAUUUGAUUUGAACAAAACACC